GCAGCACAGCGCGCCGUUGCGCACAUGUACGCGCGCGCCGGCACACUGCUGCUUUCAUCGACGGUGGGCGCUGCUGUUGGCUGGUCUCUCUCUCUCUCUCUCUCUCUCUCUCUCUCUCUCUCAUCCCGCGCUCUGAUCUUUAGUCGAGCCACCUCUCUGCCCAGCAUCACACUCAGGGCCACGACCACAAGGCGACAAAAAGCCGAGGGCCAGCGGAGGAGGGGGACCACAGGUGUGUGUCUGUUAAAGACAGCGAUAGAGAUUAUGGCUGAACGGUGAGACAGGAGAGGACUUCACACACACACACACUCACAGAGAGCAGAAGCGCUGGUGUCGCAGAAGACGUGGACGUGGAGAAGGGACACAGGAGGAGACGGAGACGCGCGCAGACGCAUCUGCCUUGAUUUUGGGGGAUUUCUCUCGUGCAGAGGUGGGGUUACGAAGACGUGCGCCCCGCCACGUCCCUCGGAUGCUAACAUUCACGCUCCGCGCGAGAGGAAACAUGUGUCGGAAUUACCGCGCGUGACAAGCAACAUUUGAUGCAGUUUUCAUGUCUAUUCAUUAAAAGCAUCCUCUGUGCGGGGAAGGAAAGAAGCUGCAGCCUUGACUUGUUUUGUUUUUUUUGGAGGGGGGAAACAGGGUGACAUCCCCUCUUCACCACCACCUCCUCCUCCCACCCUUACAUAAAUGUUUGCGUGUCGUUAGUGCUCUAGUUUUCGGUCGACCCCCCACACCCACCCGCCCUCUCCCCCUCAUAGAGACUCACACGGAGACAGUCGCAUUUCCUUUACGCACACAUAAUCACAGGCACACCUGACCUGCACAUCCUCUUUACGCGCCCGCACCUGCAAACAACAUGCAUACAUAAUUACGCAGACACACUCACCCCCUCCUCACCCAUCCAACCCUCUCACCCCAAAUUCUGAUGACUCCCCGGCGUAGAGGUGGACGUGGUACGAAACCGGCUGGAGCAUCAUCAUCGUCCUCAACGCUGCCACUGUCAUCCUCACCAACCUCCUCCUCCUCCUCACCCUCCUCACCACCACCAUCGCCAUGUCCUCGUCGUCGCGCAAGAUCUCCUCCGAGUCCUUCAGCAGCUCAGUGGGCUCCGACUGCGGGCUCGAAAGCCCCGGGGGAGACGGAGGGGACGGCGGUUUGGAGCCGGCGGAGGAGAGCCGAGGCUGCCCCUUCGCCUCCUUAACGUCUUCCCACAGAGCGGUGCUGUGGAACGGCCGCAGCCUCGCCGAGAGGUCGGUGUGCCCGGCGGGUGAGCAGCAGCAAGGACCCGCUGGAUCUCACAAGAGGGUCACCAGGAGGAGACGAGUGAACCUGGACUCACUGGGAGAGAGCCUGAAGCGACUGACCUCACCCACGACACAGACCAUUCAACUGGCUCUACAGCGAACUCUGCAGUUCUACAGACAGCAAGAGAUCAGGUGUCAGGAGGUCAGCACUGAGGACCGGCGACGGGAAAAGAGAGAGGAGAAGUGUCCAUUUCUAGAAAACUCUGGUUCAGAGGAAGAUGUCCUACAAAUCCUGCAGUACAUGGCCACCAUACUGGGAGUGCCAUUCUGUGAGCUGCGGGAACAUUUUGGAGAGGAGUUCUUUGGCCUCUGCUUUGAAGAAAACGAACGAGUGCUUCGAGCUGUGGGUGGAAACCUCCAGGACUUCUUUAAUGGCUUCGAUGCCAUUUUAGAACACAUACGCACCUCCACCGGACGCCGUGCCUCGUCUGAGAGCCCCUCAUUCCAGUGCAACGAUCCCAACGAGGAGGAGAAAUGGAGGAGAAAAUUGGACAAAGUUGGAGAGCGAGUAGAGAGAGGAAAGGUGUUAGUUCUUCAUUGUUUCAACCCUGCUCCUGUUGUUGGGUUGGUCAUGCCAGGAUUGAUCAGAGCUGUUGCCAGGCGGAUCUAUCAUUCAGAGGUUGAGGUGGAAGAGGUGCCACCUCUAACUCCUUUGCUGCCCAGUGAAGACACAGGCCACACAGAUGGUGAUUCCACAACCCCCACUCCAACUGCAUCCCCCACUGCCUCACCCUCCUCAUCCCCAUCUCCUCCGUCUCCUUUUCCGACCUCUGUUCCCACAGUUUGCCUGUCCUUCCAAAUACAUGAGACACACGGUCCUUCCCUCUCCUCCCUCCAAACCACAGCUUCAGGGAGCACCAAACGUCCUCCUCUCUCACUGUCCACCAACCCCAGUGAUCUGCGCAUUGGCCUGGCCACAUUUUGCCGUGCCUUUCCGUUCCACCUCGUCCUGGGACCGGGUAUGGAGCUACUGCAGCUUGGAGAAGGACUGAGGAGACAGGCUCGCAUUGAGACUCACCGGAGCCUCUCAUUCAGAGACUGUUUUGAGAUUGUCUCACCCAAGAUGGAACCUUCAUUCCAGGGCAUCUUGCUGAGGCUUGCAUCCCCAUUUACCAUUCGCACCAGGCCUGAUACCACCCUGACUGAUACCAAGGAGAAGGUCAUGGAAUUGAAAGGUCAGAUGAUCCAUGUGCCAGAAUCCUGCUCCCUGAUGUUUCUGGGCUCGCCACGGGUCGAUAAAUUGGAGGAACUGAUGGGCAGAGGCCUCCAUCUGUCAGAUAUCCCCAUCCAUGAUGCAACACGAGAUGUUAUCUUGGUGGGGGAGCAGGCUAAAGCCCAAGACGGUCUGAAGAAAAGAAUGGACAAGCUCAAGGCCACAUUAGAACGCACUCACCAGGCACUGGAGGAGGAAAAGAGGAGAACCGUGGAUCUCCUUUACUCCAUAUUUCCAGGUGACGUGGCACAGAAGCUGUGGCAGGGUCAGCCAGUGCCCGCUCGCAAAUUUGAUGACGUCACCAUGCUCUUCUCGGACAUUGUGGGUUUUACUGCUGUGUGCGCCCAGUGCACCCCCAUGCAGGUCAUCUCCAUGCUGAACGAGCUUUACACACGCUUCGACUACCAGUGCGGCAUUCUGGAUGUUUACAAGAUCGAGACGAUAGGAGAUGCCUACUGUGUGGCAGGAGGCCUUCACAAGAAAGUCGAUAGUCACGCAAAGCCAAUCGCACACAUGGCCCUGAAGAUGAUGGAACUUUCUGAGGAAGUGCUGACACCUGACGGGAGACCCAUCAAGCUAAGGAUAGGUAUCCACACGGGCUCUGUGCUCGCCGGCGUGGUCGGGGUUAAAAUGCCCCGUUAUUGCUUGUUUGGGAACAACGUGACUCUGGCCAGCAAGUUUGAAUCAGGAAGCCAUCCGAGGUGUAUCAACGUCAGUCCCACAACGUACCAGUUGCUGAAGGACGACCGUUCUUUUUCAUUUGUCCCUCGGUCACGACUAGAGCUCCCCGACAAUUUUCCCAAAGAGAUUCCAGGAACGUGCUACUUCCUCGAGGCGGGGACAUCUCACAGUCACGCCUCGUUGACCAGCUCACGCUCUGCUCCCCCAGCCUCUAUGAGGAAAGUCUCCUACAGCAUUGGGACCAUGUUUCUCAGAGAAACAAGUUUGUAGGUCUCAUACACAGACUAGGAUGCACAUACGUUCAUGUGUGAUGUGAGAGGCUUGAGUUGGAACGGGCAACAAACAGUGAACCUAUAAUUCAGAUCUUUUGGAUAUGCAAAUUCAUUACGUGAAAACAUGGAUUCAGGCCUGUGUCAGGGCCUGUGUGAAUCAACCUUCAAAAA